UACAGAAACACAGAGCUUUCUCUAACAAGCCUUAGUUCCGCUCCGCCUCCUAUGAUGGCUCACAAAAGUUUCUUGCUUUCCCUUGUCAUCACUUUGCCCUUUCUCCAUUUGGUGAAUGGAUCAACCUUUAGCAUAAUGAGCUAUGGUGCCAAAGCAGAUGGAGUGACCGACAAUAGUGCCGCUUUUCUAAAAGCAUGGUCUGCGGCUUGUUCCGCAUCACAGGCCGCAACGUUAUACGUGCCCUCGGGCCAAUUCUUGUUGCACCCUGCCCUCUUUUCUGGUCCAUGCAAAAAUAGCAAGAUCAUCGUGCAGGUCGACGGCAACCUGAUCGCAUCGACCGACUAUAAAUUGUAUGGUGCCGCAGGCUACAUCAUGAAGUUCAACAAUGUGAAAGGAUUGUCUUUCCAAGGAGGGUACAUAGAUGGAAAGGGUUCAGCACUCUGGGCUUGUAAGGCUGGCAAAGGAAACUGUCCCUAUGGAGCAAGAUCGUUAGUGUUCAGCAAUUCAAGGGACAUUACAUUGACAGGCCUCACCUCUGUCAAUAGUGAGCUCUUUCACAUUGUCAUUGACACAUGCACCAAUGUGAAAGUUGAUGGACUGAAGAUCACGGCAUCAAGCACAAGCCCCAAUACAGAUGGUAUCCACGUGGAGCAAUCGACGGGCGUUACAAUUACAAAUUCGAACAUCAAGACAGGAGAUGACUGCAUAUCUAUUGGUUCAGGAACCCAAAACUUGUGGAUUGAGAAAAUAGCUUGUGGACCUGGACAUGGAAUCAGUGUUGGGAGCUUAGGGAAGACUGCCAAUGAAGCUGGGGUGCAGAAUGUAACAGUAAAAGAUGUGGUGUUCACUGGGUCUACCAAUGGCCUAAGAAUAAAAUCAUGGGCUAGAAGCAGCACAGGUUUCGCCAAAGGAAUCGUGUUCGAUGGUGCGACGAUGAACAAUGUCGCCAACCCCAUCAUCAUAGACCAGCACUACUGCCCUAACAACCAAGGAUGCUCUAAUCAGAACUCUGGGGUUAAGAUCUCGCAAGUGACAUACAACAACAUCAAGGGAACGUCAGCGACGCAAGUGGCGGUGGAUUUCUCAUGCAGUGCUAGUGCGCCGUGCCAAGGGAUCAAGAUGUCUAAUGUGCAGCUGACAUACAAGGGCAAUCCUGCUAAGGCCUCGUGUGAUCAUGCAUUUGGGAGUUCGAGUGGUUCUGUGUCUCCUCCAAGCUGCCUUAAGUCAAGUGCCUCCAAUCGCAGGCUUUUGGGCCUUGGUCUUUCUAGAAAUUGAUCACCAAGCAUAUGUAUUCUUUUAUAUAUUGGUUUCUUGUAGUAGGUGAAAAAUAAAGAAAGUUGGUGGUCUUGUAAUAAUGAA